GGCAUUUCUUCUGCUAAACGGUGUGGCUUUUCUAUGCAUUCGAACAUAACCUAUAAGGCAUGAACUACGACCAACUAGCGCGCAACGAUUUAUCGAAUUUCAUCGAAUAAUGGCUUAAAAUGAAGCCAACGAGCUAUUAUUCAGUUAAAGGGAUCCAGUGGUGAUAAAAUCGCGAAGAAAUUAAGGGUACGCACCUCGAAUCGCGGUACUAGCAAUACGCAACAUUCUUCUUUUCGUACAGUUCAGUCAGUGACCAGCUGUUUUGUGCCGUCGUUCCCUUUUUCCUUUGGCUGCCUGACCGGCCACCCGAAAGAUGUUCCGAAUUGGAUUAAAAUUUCCGUGCAACGGUUUAAAUAGGGUAUGUAAAAUCAAGAAACACGGGUCCUCCAAACUCUAUCUGUCAACUAGGUGCUAUGAAACACGUACACGAGUCAAAUGUGAGCCGGACUGGAGGUUUUUCAAGGAUGUCAAACUUACGUCCAGAGUAUCUGGACAUAGGUAUUCAACUGACUCGUCGAAGAGUGAAAAAAGUCGAGGUGGAGGAAUCCUGAUAACUUUGACUGCAGUAGCAAUAGGAGCUUCAGGAAUAUUAUUUUAUGCGAAGAAUAAUCCAGAAUUUCGUGCAACUCUUGAAGGAUGGGUACCAGGCACGGACAAAACAAUUCAGAUCAUCUUUCAGGAGGAGUCAACAUAUUUCGAUUUUAUACGUACAUACCUCGAGUCACUCAAGCAAUCGAUUACAACUGCCAUUUUCGGAGAAAGCUCAGAAAAAGACUCAGCACCAAAACCAGCGUUCGUACCACUGGUUGAAAAGAAGGAACCACCUAUUAAUGAACCUUAUACUGAAAUAAGAUUAAGUAAAGGAGAAGAAAUAGAAGUCGUUGCGGAAAAGCCUGCACCUCCUACUAAGGAUGUACCCAAAGAAUUAAUGCCAGAGAGUCUGGUGGAAGUAGAAACGUUAUGUGGACAAACAGCAUCUAAGGUGAUUCAAGCUUAUCAGAAGGCAACGUGUGCUAUUCAAGACUACAAUCGGGAUGUGGUUAAAGUCUUAGAAAGUACAGAUAAUGUUGAUAGUGCUGUGUGGAAUAGAUUAAAAGAAAUAUCGAAGAAGAUGACACAAGCAAUUGAAGAGGUGGAAAAUCGCAAGAAUGAGGUAGAAGAGUCGCUUAAGAAGAUGUUAUAUUUAAUCGAUGAUCCCAAACUCGAGGCGCCAUCGCAUAUGAAGACAGCUGCCAAAAGGAACAUCAAGAAAAUCUUGGCCGAUGUCGACGAUGCAAAGAAUAAAUACGAUUCAGAAUUACAGAGUGGCAAUAUAGCGGAACGUUAUUGGAACCAGGUUAAAACGGCCCGCGAAAACUUUGACGAGGAGUUACGGAUUCUGUUCCCAGAUAUGAAUAUCCAUGAAAAGAAAUUGGAUGUCGAUGAAGAUUCUUUCGAUUUGUUCGUCCUCCAUAUGUAUAAUAAAGUAUCUAACCUACAAAAGGAAUUGGCAAAGAUGAGGACACUCAAUGAGAAUAAAUUGAAAGCAGCGUUGAAAGCGUAUGGCGAUACAGCGAGCGAGGAGCAGUUGGAUGCACUGGUGUGUUUAAAAUUAGACCAGGAAAAGCUGAUCCUUCAGGAGGAGUUGAGUAAAAAGAUUCUGGAGGAGCAGAAGAACUUCGAAGACGAGAUGCGGCGGCAGCUGAAGUUGCAAGAGCAGGUGCACACCGAUCAUCUUCGAGAGGCACUCACGGUAAAGGAGCGAGAGGCUGAGAGAAAUCUGAACCGCGCACUCAACGAACAAUCCGAGGCCGACAGUCUGAAGUACAAGUCACAGCUCGCUUCCAUUGUUGGCAGAUUACGUGGACUCGAAACGGCGCUUAAGGUUCGCAUGGAGGAGGAAAGAGGUGCGUCGAAUGCACAGAUCCUCUGGUCAGCUUGCCAAGCGUUGGCUAGGGCUGUGAAAGUCACCACAGCUCCUGGCAUGCCCGCGGAGAAAGCCAUCAGGCCUUUGGAAUCAGAAAUUAAGGCCGUCACCAAAGCAGCACCCAAAGAAGAUCCUCUAGUACUAGCAGCGAUCAAAGGCAUUCCGGAUGAAGCUGCAAAGAGGGGUGUGUUCCCGGAGGAUGUACUACGAGCGAGGUUCCUCAAGGUGGAAGAGGUGGCGAGACGAUUGGCUAUGGUUCCCGCGGAGGGCGCGUCUCUGCCUAUUUAUCUCCUCAGUUACCUCCAAAAUUUCCUGAUGAUCAAAAACGUCCGUGCCAUCAGUAGGUGGGAGCUCGAGGACAAUCCGAUCGACGCCAAUAAUCUUAACACGUUCGACGUACUGCGCCGAGCCAGGUAUUGGUUAGACCGAGGUGACUUCAAAAUGGCGCUCCGAUACAUGAACCUCCUGAAAGGUGCGCCUAGGGCAGUCGCCAGGGAUUGGAUGAACGAGACGAGGAUCCUUUUAGAGACCCAGCAAGCCGUAGACACUUUGUUAGCGUACGCUGGAGCGAUCGGACUCGUGUUCCUUGGUGCUGGAGACGAGAAGUAGUCGACGGAGAAGUAAAAGCUCGCCUCGAGAAAGCUGUCCAUCGAGAUCAAGGAAGGCAACGCGCUCGGAAUGCACCAAGGAGAACACGGAACAGACAUACACACACGCGAACACAAAUACGAAACACACAGAAAAAUACACAACCGAACGCUCUCCCACGGUUUAAACACAUGUACACACACAAGCGGAGGGUGAAGAGUACCGUGGAAGGACCGUGAAAGAAAUAUGGAAACAGCCCUUGCACAAUGGACAAUAUUUUCUCCCGCCAGGCAAAGAUAAAGGGGAGAAGCCAGCGCCGCAGGAAGUUCGACCUUUCUUUCUCCACGUUGUUCGUUUCGAUCGCGAACGCGCCUUUAAGUGAAUUCGAGGGGUAGUCGGUUCCAGAUGACAGAUAGACUCUCCGUAAAAAAGCAGGAAAUCGCUUGUAAAAUAGGAUAAACGGCGAUAUCCUUGGGAAAUGUACACGGUGGAUUAAUCCUUGGAUCGAACUGUGUUGGAAACGUGGAGUACACUUUUUUCGUAACAGCCUUCGUUUUCAAGGGAAACUAGUUCAAAAUUUAGGGGAUGCUUCGGUGGUUCCUAAUGGGUCUUGUCUUUACGCUCAUCGACUAUUUAUAUAAAUAUUAUAAUACAUUAUAAUAGUAUUUAUACGUCGAAGAAGUUACAAGUAAGUCGUUUCGUCGACUGGAACAUCGAUUGCAGGUUAGAUUUAUAUUAUUAAAAAUGUUAAUGAUAUUGUAAAUAUAUGUAACAGAUGAUAUUAGUGAACUAAUUCAUCAGAUCAACAAGUCUUGAGAGGUUAUUCAAGCAUUCACAUGAAUAUCUUAAGUAAUACGCCAUUUAUAGGUGCGCCGUAUUUUCAUAAUUUCUCCAAUUGAGAACCACUGGCAUGUCUUUGUUAACUUCGGACUCCAUUUUCUCGAAAACGGAGGGUCAUACGGAAAAGGUUCUUUUCACCUUUUUGUUUCAUUUGUAGGUAAAUGACAUCUUUCACGUAAAAUAAAUCACAUUUAUUGUACCGGGUGUCUCGUUUCAACCGAUUUCAUUUCUAACGAAGAUCCACAGAAGGAAACUUGACACUGUCUCGCACGAGAAAUAUUGUUUAUUGAGAGAUACGUUGUUUCGCGUUGCACCGUUGCGAUUGUUACAGUUUUCGAGGUUCGAGGUGGGAAUGAGAAGACCGAAGAUAUGGCGAAUCUCAUCCUGACGCGGCUUGCGAAGAGAAGCUGGACUCGUCUGGCCGGCUACCCGCCCAAUUUAUUUCGCUCCGCGUUUUUCAAAGUUAAUCCAUGUCUCGCGAGCGGCAGCUGGGUCCUUGCGUCCCUUCGCUUCAGCCACAGAGGAGACUUUCGAAAAACUUGGCGGGCUUAUCAGGUUUAGGGAACAUGGCCGACGAGCGUCCCUUACGGGAAAUGUUUGGGGCACUUUAGACUGUAACGCAGUGCAGUCAUGGGAAAAAUACGGAAUAUUUGGAAUUUUAUUUGACGUUUAACUAGUGAAACAGUGUCUCUCGAAUACCGUACAAUUUUUUUUGCGAGUAAUUAACCAGUAAUCUUCACUGUAAUUGAAAUUCUAGUGAGGUUGCUUGUUGCGACAUACGUUUACUAAAUUUCUUUAAAAGCCCUAUUAUACAGAAAGAAGAGUUUCGUUGUUUAAAAAGAGAAUGUUAAAGAAUAUUCUAGUUCUCUUUAUCAAGUAAAAAUUUAAUACAUGAGUGUAUAUUAGAAAAUGUUUGAACAAUCGUAACUGUAUUAAAAAUUUGAAAGACAGUUCGCCUCUGAAAGUAUGAAAUUAAAUUUACAUCUUCCCCAUGUUUACACUGCGUUGCAUUUUAAUUAUAAUUUCGAUGAGCAUAAUUCCGAUUUCGUCGAGCAUGCGACGUUUUUGUACCUUUCGAUCGCGAUCCAGAGAUCAUUCUUUCUACGUGAAAGUCUGUUCCGCCCGUUUGACGCGAGUUGUCGUUGCCCUUGGAUCACCUGGAUCCAUCAGGGACUAAAAAUGUUGAAAGGCAGGCGACGACCGGCCCCUGUUUUAAGGGCCGGCGCCUGUCGUCCGCUAGCAAAUAAUAGAGAAUUAAACAAAUAAACGUUUCAUCCAUGCCGUCUACAACCAGUUUUGCUUCUUUUAUCAUCGGAUUAUUCUGGUAAGCCUUCGAUCAGCGUGAUUCCACUAUCAAACUAUUAACCCUUAUCAUUCCAAGGAUAUCAUAGUAUGAUUAUAAAUAAAUUCUAUUAAUUACAGAGAGUAAAUUGAAUUAAAAGGACAUGAAAAACAAAAAAUUAAUUCAUACUUUACUGUUGCAAUUGUAGUUAUUCAUCGUAUAAGGGUUAAUUGUCAUGCCAAUAUACAAAUUUUCACGUACUACUUAUUGAGUAAUAAUUUCAGACUGAUUUCUUUUGUGUUCAAUGUUUAGAAACUACUUAAUUCCUUGCUUCGCAAUUUUGUUUGCACUUAUUACUGAAUUACUGCAUCGUCAAUAAUUGGAAGGGAAAAAGAAUUUGAUUUUUGAUCUUUCAGCGUAUAGAAUUAUUUAUUGAGAAUAUUAUCGACAAUAGAAAAAUGGUAGUGUGUAAGGAGUUAGAAAUUCUUAAGUAAAGUUUUUGAUUUCGAAAAAUAGCGUACUUCGGAUGAAGAGGAGGCUGAGCACGAAUGGUGGUUACUGUGCUGUGUAAAAUGUGUUCACGAUUGUAGCAUUGCUUCGGAGUGAUAUGGA